AUGCUCUUUCUGACCGCAUGUCUUAUGUGUGUGCAGGUGGACGUCACCCUCGUGGCGCACCUUGUACAACAGACGCGGAUGCGCCUGAAGACGCGCUACUUCGACAGGUCCCCUGGUCACUUUUUUGGCAGCGGAGAGAAGAUGCAGCUGCCUGACUUCAUCAAGGCUCACCAGAAGAUGGAUAAGCGACAGAUGAAAGCGGAAGGCGUGGACGCGGACGGCAACGCCGUCUCCUUCGAAUUCACCCUGCACGAACGCCCCCUGCCAGGCCAUGAGACAGACAGUGAUGUAACCGCGUGCUUCGAGCUUUCGCUCAAGUUCAUCCGCAAAGUGGACGCGGAGCUGGAGUGGCGCAUGCGCGACCUCAACCUCCUCGAAGGCACCAAGCUGUUUCGUACGGCGUCGUAUGUGGCCGACGACACCCAGCGGCUGGAGUCCUUCAGGAAGUGGCUUGGCCAGCUCCACAAGCUGCGAUCCACCAAAGACUUCUCCGGCAUGAAGGCCAGCAGCACUAAGCAGUUUGCAGACGAGGCAGUUGCUAGUGCAGCAGAUGUUGAUUGA